AUGGAAUCAUUCGGAAUCUCUCCCAGUGUUUAUACUCUCACUGUUUUGAUUAAUUGCUACUGCCGUUUGAGGCGGGUCGAUUUUGGGUUCUCUGUCUUAGCAACAAUUUUGAAACUUGGCUAUCAACCUACCCAAAUUACUCUAAACACUCUUGUUAAUGGUCUCUGUCUUCAAGGUAAUAUUCCUGGAGCUGUGAGGUUGGUAGAUGAAAUGGAGAACAAAGGGUACCAACCUGAUGCAAUUAUUUGUGGAAUAAUAGUAAAUGGUCUGUGUAAGAUUGGCCAGACUGGUGUGGCUAUUAGGUUGCUCAGGAAGAUUGAAAAAAGGAAUUUUGCACAAACUGUGGAGCUGUAUAACACAAUCAUUGACAGUUUAUGCAAGGACAAAUUGGUAACUGAGGCUUUGAACCUUUUGUCUGAAAUGAUGAAUAAAGGCAUUCAGCCAGAUGUUGUCACUUACAAUUGUGUAAUUCAAGGACUUUGCAAUUCUGGCCGGUGGAGGGAGGCUGCGACCUUGUUGAAUGAGAUGGAACAAAGGAAGAUCAUGCAAAAUGUGCAAAGCUUCAACAUACUGGUGGACACACUAUGCAAGGAAGGGCUGUUGAGUUAG